UGCUUGUCUUCGAACCCUUGUCACUAGACGCAUCUUGAGCCACAAAACAAUCCUCAAUUCCUACCGAACUCAAGUUUUUUACGCGAACUUGGCUACCGGUCUUUGACACUCGGUACUUUUGAGGAUUAAUUAUUUUUUCAUCUACCUGUCAUUCAGGUGGACUCUGGAGUAGCCACAAUUUGUCGAUGCUACCUGCUCUCACUCUUUCUACCGGCACAGUGCGAAGGAAUUAAGCAUGCACCCUCCUCCCUCUCUCCUCCCCUUCCUCCUCUUCCUUUCUCUGUACCCCAGUGCAUGCUGGUCCGCCAAGAUCAUCGUAGUCCCGCCCAUCAUGUUCGAGUCACACCUGUACAUCUUCAAGACGCUGGCCAGAGAGCUCCAUGUCCAGGGGCAUGACACCACCUUCCUGGUGUCACAGGGCCGGGAGGUCCCCUCGUCCUCCCACUACACCUUCCAGCGCUACCCCGGCAUCUUCAACUCGUCCACGGCUGACAGCUUCCUCCAAUCCAAGGUCAGCAACAUCUUCUCGGGGCGUCUCACGGCGCUGGAGCUGUUCGACAUUCUGGAUCACUACGCGCAAAACUGCGACGCUGUCGUUGGGAACACAGAGGUCAUGAACCAACUCAGGGACGCAAACUUUGACCUGUUACUGGUGGACCCUAACGAGAUGUGUGGUUUUGUAAUCGCCCACAUCCUUGGGGUCCCCUACGCCGUGUUCAGUACCGGGCUGUGGUACCCCGCCGAAGUGGGGGCGCCCGCCCCUCUCUCCUACGUCCCAGAGUUCAACUCUCUCCUCACGGACCGGAUGUCUCUGGUUCAGAGGAUCACCAACACGGCCGUCUACCUGGUGUCCCGGUUUGGGGUCCAGUACCUGGUGCUCCCCAAGUACGACCGGAUCAUGAGGCGUCACGGUGUGACUCCGCCAGUGGCCAUGCAGGACCUGGUUCAGGGCAGCCGGCUGUGGAUGCUGUGUACCGAUCUGGCGCUGGAGUUCCCCCGCCCCACCCUGCCCCACGUUGUCUACGUGGGAGGGAUUCUGACCCAACCUGCCAAACCGCUGCCUCAGGAGUUUGAGUCGUGGGUGAGUGACACGUCGGAGCAUGGUUUCGUUGUGGUGUCGUUUGGCGCUGGGGUCAAAUACCUAUCAGAUGACAUCGCUCACAAGCUUGCCGGAGCCCUGGGCAGACUGCCCCAACGCGUGGUCUGGAGGUUCUCAGGGGUUCCGCCCAGUAACCUUGGCAACAACACCAAGCUGGUAAAUUGGAUGCCCCAGAAUGACCUCUUGGGCCAUGCCCACACGGUGGCCUUCCUGUCCCACGGAGGUCUGAACAGUAUCUAUGAAGCCAUGUACCACGGGGUUCCAGUGGUGGGGAUCCCUCUGUUUGGGGAUCACUAUGACACCAUGACUCGGGUGGAGGCCAAGGGAAUGGGUGUCCUGCUGCACUGGAAGAGCAUGACAGAGGAUUCACUGCACCAGGCACUGCACACAGUAAUCAACCACAGCAGGUAUCGUCAACGUGCCCUGGUGCUUUCCUCUAUUCAUAAGGACCAACCAGGGCAUCCGGUAACGAGAGCUGUCUAUUGGAUUAGUUACAUCCUGCGUCACCAUGGUGCCAGCCACUUACGAUCCUCUGUCUACACUGUGCCCACCUACCAGUACUUCCUAUUGGAUGUGGUGCUGGUUGUGGGGGCGGGACUGGCCCUGAUAGGCUACCUGUGCUACUGGAUCACAGGGCUGCUGAGGUCAAGUAUCGUGGGUCAGAGGCAGGAGGUUGAUGAGAAUACUGACGAAAAGGCCAACGGACAUUGCCAUAGCAACGGGGUGGUUGCUAAUGGGAAGCACAAACGAAAUGGAGCAGCCAUGAAGAAUGACAAGAAGUUGAAGUAGAGAGUCAGGAUUUAGAGAUUGGGGUUAGAUGUCAGGGUUAGAGGUCAGGGUUAGAGGUCAGGCCUCUGAUAUACUUCAGAAAGAAUGGGUUGAGAUGUCUGUGCAUUUGUGUGUGUAUGGGUGUGUGUGUGUGUGUGUGUGUACAGGUUACAACUUAAAAACAACCACAACAGAGUUGAAAAGACAGAACAGAACUAAGAACAAACCCAUGGGGACUUCUUAAGUCUGGCCUUUCUCUCUCUCUCUCUCCCUCGUCUCUCUCUCCCUCUCUCUCUCUCUCCCUCUCUCUCUCUCUCUCU